CAAAGAACCUCAACAUCCACCACUAUAGAACAGCCCGCACCACCACGUACACGCCUCGAACCAGUAACCACAGCCCAAUCAUACACAUACUGGCUCGGACGACUAAUGACCGUCCUCAACGCCAUACUUUAUGCAGACUUAUUCGAUGCACCGGAUCCAGUGACGGGAAUUCGUCCACCAAAUGCGUUUUCGAUGACCGUGUCAAGGCAUGGGUAUUCUCAGCGGGCAGCGGCUAUUUCUGCGUUGGAUAGGGGUGUUACGGGGAGAUUUAGGAGGGCGUUUAUGAUGCUGGAGGAUGCGUGUAAGACGGAAGACGCGAAGCGGAGUUAUAGGGCGUUUGGGUUGGCGUUUGAAAAGGCUCAUGGACCUUGUGGUCAGCGUUUUAGGGACUGAUAACCUAGUUGUAGUUGGGUUGUUGUUUAGUUUGUUGUUGGUGGAGAGGCCUUACCAUCAUAUCACUAUUAAUGAUCCUUGUCUUUUUCAUUUAGAUUUCACAAUUCCUUUUCUUCUAUUUGGAUUUUCCCAGCUAUUAUACAGUUUGUAAGACCCCACCUCACAAUCGCAUUUCUCCGAA